AUGUGGACCCGAAGGUGGUGCAAGAUAGGAUGGGAUGAGCUGGGGCACACGGCCAUUCUCUUCUGCUAUCACACGGAGGACACGACGACAGAAAAGAGCACGGCUAUCUCGUUGGAGAGAGUUGAGAUCAACGCGCUGCUUACCGACGACGAUCUCUUGGCGAAAGGAGGACCAGCGUAUGCCAUAGGAGCAUGGAUGUUGACUGAUUCUGCUACCUCUUCUUGCAUGCCUCUCAGCAUCGAUACCCGCCAUGUGUUUUACGCGGAGUCGAAUGAGGAGCGCGAAGCUUGGAUACGAGAUUUGCAAUGGGUGGCUGUGCAUAGCAACAUAGACAACGGGUACAUCAUCGAAAGGGACGAGCAGAGGGCUAUGCUCGGAUCCGGUUCGUUUUCCACCGUCUGGAAAGGCAUCGAUCGAAACACGGGGAAGGCAUGGGCGCUCAAAGAAAUCAACAAGGACGGGCUGAAUGCCAAGGGGCAGGAGGACAUCAGGGAGGAGAUCGAGAUACAGCGAAGGGUUGGAGAACAUCCAAACAUCGUCUUCAUGCGCGAGUUUGUCGAGACGCACAGCCACCUCUACAUCGUCCUCGAACUCCUGCCAGGUGGGGCUCUGCUGGAUUGUAUCAUCGACUCUCAGAAAGGGCACUUCUCGGAACGAGAUGCUCUCGGUAUCAUGUCGCAACUCAUGCAGGCUCUGGAAUACAUUCACUCUCUUAAGAUUGUUCAUCGGUGA